AGGUACUAUUAUAGUUUGGUUCAUUUUUGUGUUUAUAGAAGGUUCUUUAUUAUCAUGCCUUAAUUGUUGAGAUAUUUUUAUUAGUAGUUAUGGAGUCUCUAAAAGAGAUCAGUCCCUUUUUAGACCCAACAUCCAGAUUAGAUUUAAAAGCAGUAGCUCUUGAACACGUGUUAGGUGUAACUGGCACACCGGAGGGUAGACAGCUGUUGUUAGGAAUCCCGGAAAUCGUAAGACAGUUGAUAUUACUAUUGCAAGACGAGUCCUUUGCGAUAGCAAAAGAUGCUUCUUUAGCUUUGAUAAACAUUUCUGGCGAUGAGGAGGGGGCUAGUGCUUUGCUAAUUAUUUCUGAAGUCUCCAAGUGCUCAUCUGAUAAAAAGACUGAUAAUUUAAUCUUAUUAUGUUUCAAAUACAUAACAGACAAGGGAAGCAAAUUAGCUGAUCCUUGCUGCAUGAUUUUGUCGAACAUGACGCGUCCCAAAAUUUUUGUUGAUAGGAUAAUCAUAUUAGUAGAGAAAUUAGAGUUAAGCUGGAACGAUCUUUUGAAUGCACUAACAAAAAACAAUUACAAUUCUGUUGGAGCCAAAUUGCACUAUUUGGGACCAAUUUUUAGCAACAUCACUCAAUCAAGAAGAAUGAGAGACUUUUUAUUGAACAAAGAUCAAAAAAUAAUUCAACGAUUACUACCUUUUGUAGAAUAUAAGGAUAGCAUAGUGAGAAGAGGUGGUGUUGUUGGGACUUUGAGGAACUGUUGUUUUGAGGAAGAUAAUCAUGAGUGGCUCCUGAGUCCAGACGUUGACAUCUUAACGUAUUUAUUAUUACCUCUGGCUGGACCAGAGGAAUUCACAGACGAGGAAAAUAACAAGUUACCGAUUGAUUUACAAUAUUUACCAGAAACUAAAGAAAGAGAAAGAGACCCUGACAUUAGAACUAUGCUUUUAGAAGCUUUAGCACAGUUGUGCGCUACAAAAAGUGGCCGAGAAUUAAUGAGAGAAAAUAAUGCAUACAUAAUUCUCAGAGAGUUGCACAAAUGUGAACGAGAUAAGGCGAUACUUCUGGCGUGCGAAAAUGUUGUGGAUAUUUUAAUCAAGACCGAGGAAGAAAUAGGAUUGGACAAUUUGAAAAAAGUUGAAGUUCCAGAAGAAUACAAAGAGAAAUUUCUGCAAAUGGAUCGGUUAUACUUGGAGGAUGAGGAAGGUGCAAGAGAGCAGGAAGAUAACGAGAAGAAAGCUGUUAAAGUAGAUAAGUAAUAAAA